AAAAUAGAAUAAUGAGAGGAGUUUAUAAUGCUCACACUCCCUUGCCCAAACGUUGAAAAGCUUUUGGAAUCGCCUCUCUCCUCUCCCCUCUCCCUCUCCCUCUCUAGAGAUUCACAGGUUUCAGUCUGCGAAAUUUGCUUUGUAAAAUGGGUGAGAAUGGACUUACUGGAGAGAAGGAUGGGUUGCAGGAUCAUUCGCCUGCUGAAGCAAAUGCCACUUCGGCGAACGUGGAUCCUGGGCAGCCUGCACAGUUGACGUGGGAACGGCAACUAAACAGGGAGGGACGUGAACUGCCAGCAUUUACUCUUACCUUACGAGAGAAAUUACAGAUGGCUGCUUUAGGUAUUCGACUUGGGCGACACAUCAUUGAAGAAACUGCAAAAGGGCGAGUUGCUGUUAUUGAUCCAUUGAAAAAACGGAUUGCCAGAUCUUCACAGGGUGUUCCCUUAGGCGGCAUUGGGGCUGGAAGUAUUGGAAGAAGCUACAAGGGUGAUUUCCAGAGGUGGCAAUUGUUCCCCGGUGUAUGUGAAGACAAACCUGUACAAGCAAAUCAAUUUUCUGUUUUUAUCUCCCGCCCAGAUGGUGCAAAGUAUUCCACCGUGCUGUCCCCUGGGAGCUCAGAUGUACAAAAGGGAAACAACAUUUCAGGAGUUGGAUCCUGGGACUGGAUCCUCAACGGACAAAAUUCUACAUAUCAUGCUCUGUAUCCAAGGGCCUGGACUAUAUACAAUGGGGAGCCUGACCCAGAUCUUAAAAUAAUAUGCCGUCAAAUCUCUCCAAUUAUUCCCCAUAAUUACCAACAAAGCAGCUAUCCUGUUGCUGUGUUCACUUUUACGCUCAUCAAUUUAGGGAAGACCGCUGCAGAUGUAACUUUGCUUUUCUCAUGGGCUAACUCUGUUGGUGGAAACUCCGAGUUUUCUGGAUAUCAUUCCAAUUCUAAGAUGAUAGAAAAGAAUGGUGUGCAUGGUGUACUUCUGCAUCAUAGAACAGCAGAUGGGCGACCCCCAGUCACAUUUGCUAUUGCAGCACAAGAGACAACUGAUGUUCAUGUAUCUGAAUGUCCUUACUUCGUAGUAUCUGGAAAAUCUGAGGGGUUCACCGCAAGAGACAUGUGGCAUACCAUCAAAGAACAUGGAUCCUUUGAUCAUUUUGAUCCGAUAAAGAUGUCAAUGCAUACUGAACCAGGAACAUCAAUUGGAGCAGCUAUUGCAGCUUCAGUCAAUGUUCCCUCCCAAGCAACUCGAACUGUGACAUUUUCUCUAGCAUGGGCUUGCCCAGAAGUAAAAUUUCCUAGCGGAAAGAUAUAUCACAGGCGUUAUACGAAAUUUUAUGGCACCGAUGGUGAUGCAGCAGCAAGUCUAGUGCAUGAUGCUAUUCUAGAGCAUUGCUCAUGGGAGUCCCAAAUUGAUGAAUGGCAAAAGCCUAUUCUGCAAGACAAGAGGUUCCCUGAAUGGUAUCCUAUCACUCUUUUUAAUGAACUCUACUAUCUUAAUGCCGGAGGAACUAUAUGGACAGAUGGAUUGCCACCGAUACAGAGCUUAGCAACAAUUGAAGAGAGGAAAUUCUCACUAGAUAUAUCAAAAGGAGAUAUUGAGAACCUGGCUAAGAUGAUCCCAGGAAACAAUACUGCAGUCAACAUCCUUGACAGAAUGGCAUCAGUCCUAGAAAAUUUGCAUGCAUCGAUCUCUUCGAAUUCUGCAAUUGGAACAUAUUUUCUUCAGGGUGAAGAGAAUGUUGGCCAGUUCCUCUAUCUUGAAGGGAUCGAGUAUUACAUGUGGAAUACUUACGAUGUGCAUUUCUAUUCUUCAUUUUCUCUUGUCAUGUUGUUCCCCAAACUUGAGCUUAGCAUUCAAAGAGACUUUGCAGCUGCAGUAAUGAUGCAUGAUCCUGAAAAGGUCCGGAUACUUCACGAUGGGAAAUGGGCUUCCAGAAAGGUUCUUGGUGCUGUUCCCCAUGAUCUUGGUCUAUAUGACCCAUGGUUUAAGGUUAAUGCAUACACACUAUAUAACACAGAUCGAUGGAAGGACUUGAACCCUAAAUUUGUGCUACAAGUCUAUAGAGACACGAUAGCCACCGGCGACAAGUCCUUCGCACGUGCUGUUUGGCCCUCUGUUUAUAUGGCAAUGGCGUACAUGGAGCAGUUCGAUAAAGAUAAAGAUGGGAUGAUUGAAAAUGAAAGCUUUCCCGAUCAGACUUAUGAUGUGUGGUCAGUUUCCGGUGUGAGUGCAUACAGCGGAGGACUUUGGGUUGCGGCCCUUCAGGCUGCUUCAGCCAUGGCGCGUGAAGUUGGUGACAGAGCUUCGGAAGAGCUUUUCUGGAAUAAGUAUCAGAAGGCCAAGUUGGUGUAUGAGAAAUUGUGGAAUGGCUCUUACUUUGAUUAUGAUGAUAGUGGUAGCAAGAACAGCUCUUCUAUCCUGGCUGAUCAAUUAGCUGGACAAUGGUAUGCUAGAGCGUGUGGUCUAUCGCCCAUAGUUGAUGAGGAGAAAGCACAAAUCACACUAGAGAAAGUGUUCCAUUUCAACGUGAUGAAGUUCAAGGAUGGCAAUAGGGGUGCAAUUAAUGGGAUGCGGCCGGAUGGCGCUAUCGAUAUGUCCUCCAUGCAGUCAAGAGAGAUAUGGCCUGGUGUGACUUACUCGGUCGCUGCUGCUAUGAUUCAAGAAGGCAUGGAAGAGCAGGCAUUUAAAACUGCUGAAGGGGUAUAUAAAACUGCCUGGUCUCCAGAAGGACUUGGGUACUCUUUCCAAACUCCCGAAUCUUGGAAUAACAACGACGAAUACCGGUCCUUGUGCUACAUGCGCCCCCUUGCUAUAUGGGCAAUGCAGUGGGCAUUGUCAACUCCGAAGCUCCAAAAGGAACCCCAAACUGAUAUAAAAGAAGAAUCUCUCAUUAAACAGUAUGCAUCGUACGCGAGAGUCGGGAAGCUUCUCAAAUUACCAGAAGAAGAAAAACAGAAAAGCUCUCUGAGGAUUAUUUAUGAAAUCGCCCGUAAUAGGUUUCGGAAGUGAUACAGAACUUCUUGAUUGGGUGGAUUUUAUCAUUUCUACUUUCUACCAUUGCUCUGAGCUGCAACUCCUUAAUUCUUUCCUGGACUGCAGCUGCAGUUGUUGGAAGCUGUAAAAUGUCGGGUAAUUUCUAUUAUGUGAUUUGUGGCUCAAAAUCCCUGCAUUUGUAUUAGUCAAAACAGUAAAUCUAAAGUGAUUCUUAAAAACAGUAAAUCUACUGUGAGAA